AUGGAUUACACUGCCUACUUAAAUUCUUUGUCAAGCCAAUAUGGUCUUAAGACCUCUUCAGUAAAAGAUACAAUUCAACAACUUCAAGAUAAAUUAAAUCAGGACAAAAUCAAGCUUCAACAAUUGUUUAAAGAGAAGCUUAUUACGCCCAAAUCUUCCAAAAAAUACACAUCCCAUAUUAAACAACUCAAUGAACAGAUUAAAGACCUUUCAGAGGAUAUAGGUGAAUUAGAUACUUGUCUUCUCAUUCUUCGACACAAACUCCCAAGUGAAAUCCUGCGUGCAAUGCGAGAUGAUGCCACCUCAAAUGCUCAGAUUAUCGCUUCCAUUCAGAAAGCUUUGGAUAUUGAAAUUCGUGUUCGAUACGGUGCUGAACGUCUGUGUCACACUUACAAAGAUGGGCCGAAGGAAUAUCUUGAAUUAGCUAAAAGGCAACUUGAUGGUGCUGAAUCUAAAAUUGGAUUUCUCCGAAAUCAACUUGCUCGGCUUAAGCAUGCCAGUCAAUCAGAUGAAUCUGGCUCAGUAAUAUCAUCUGCUGAAGGCGCUGUUUGUGUAUCGCCAACUUUCUCAGACACUAGUUUUCUAAAUAGUGCCUAUACUGGAGGCGUGAUUCCUCCUCUAACCUGGCAACAGCAGGUCGCGGAUAUGAAGUACCGCCUUCGUAUUGAACGCGCCGUCUAUGAAGGUGCUGGUAAAGUCCUCAAUGCUUUCAUCGGCCCUCAGAAAUCGGCAGAGAAAUCGCCAAAGUUAAAGCUUUAUGGUAGCUUCCGGGACAAGUCAAAUAGCUUUUCUGAGAAGAGAGCCGAGGCCUAUCUCCGCCUGCGGGAAUACUUCCAAGAACUCUAUCUUCUCCAGCUUUCAAUGCAGAACUUGAUAUCAGUGCCUCCGCCAAUGGGUAAUCAUGAAAAUAAUCCUCAAUUGGCUGCGGCUUUUGCUGAGGCCAUCAAUGAUCCAGAAAUCCAACAGCUUCUCGAACAUCCAGACAAUAAGCUGGAAAGCUCUUCUCUUUCUCCAGCAGAAGGGAUUGGAGUCAGAAAACAUUCAAUCUCGUCAAUGGCUACACCUGCUAUUACCUCAGUUACUGGUCUACUGGAAGUUCGUUGUAUUGGCUGUGAAGGUUUGCUGGAAACUUUUCCUGGGGAAAUAGUAAAUAUGGGAUCUUCACCUAGUCCUAAGAAGCGACCUCUUGUGAAUUCACUAAGGGAAUACUCGGCGAGAUUUGAGGAUAGGCCUGGUACGCGCAUAUCUUAUAAAUUGUUCUUUUUUUAUUUUUAUCUAUCCAUUUGGCAGUCAAGUGGAUUCAUGUUGUCUAAAGGGUUGAGAAGGUCUGUCCAACUUGAAGUGGUGAUUACCAAAUUUAACUCUCUUCUUUUAUCUUCAAAGUGGCUGAUUAUUGCCUGUUAA